AUGAUGAGUUCAAAUAAUAAUGAAGAUCCUCUUAUUUUACUGCCGCAGCAUACAAUUGAUUAUCGAUCUGAUACAGAGGAUCAAUAUAUAUACUUGGAUGAUGAUGAGUUGCUGAUUGAUGAAGAAGAUGAAGGUGAUGAGAAUGAAGAAAUCAAACAAUUUAAUCCCAAGUCAACAUCAAAUCAAUCAAUUAGUAGAAAAUUAACUCGUACAGAUGCAGAAUCAAUUGUUGGCGGUGAAUCUUUUAAGAAUUUCAUUAAAGAAUCUCAAGAAAGCUUAACUCUGCAUCCUGUUGCAGAUCCAAAUCUUACAACUGAACAACAAGAAAUCAAAGUUGAUGCAAAUGAUUUAGAUAUUAAUAACUACAAUUCAUCUCAAAAAGUUUUUUCAUUUUCAUUACCAUUUGGCGGAUUGGAAUCAAUUAGGUCGAAUUUAGCCAGACAAUUGCAUAAUUUAAAAUUCGAUAGUUUGCCUUUUGGAAAUCAUCAUGAUAAUGACAAAGAGUUGGAAGAGAAUAUUCGACUUCAAUUAUCAAAACAAGAGACUAUUAAUACAAUAGAUGAGGCAAACUAUUUUAAAAAUUUUCAAGGUACAGAUAAUGGAAGAUUACGUGCUGUUAAGCAUUCAUUAUCCACAAACUUGAAUGAAAUUAUACCUCACAAAAAAAAAGAUUUCAUUAAACCAUACGAAAGUAUUUAUGAAAGGAUUGAAGGCAAUAUUGUUAUAAUGGGUGGUUAUAGAGGAUCUAUAUUGAGAGAUUCAAAAACUCAUAAAAGAGUUUGGAUACCUAUAAAAGCGGGUUUUAACCUUCGAAAGAUUAAUCUAUUAUUAGGACCAAAUCAAAUUGAUGAAUUGAAUGCACAAGAUAAAAUUUAUGCAGAUGGUGUGUUGAAAAAUAUUGGUCCUAUUGAUAUUUGUAAAAAAUUAAUUAAAAAAUUAGAAGCUAAUCCAAAAGUAAAUCUUAAAGAAUUUGGUUAUGAUUGGCGUUUAAGUGGCAAUGUAGUUUCCAAACAAUUGGAAAUAUUUUUGUCAAAGAUUUAUGAAGAAACUGGCAAACCAACAUUAGUUAUUGCCCAUUCGAUGGGAGGGUUAAUGGUUCAUGGAACAUUACAAAGGAACCCUAAGUUAUUCAGAUCUAUAGUUUAUGUGGGGUCUCCAAGUGAAUGUUUAAAUAUCUUAGGACCUAUAAGAUUUGGAGAUUCGGUUUUGUUAUCAGAUAAAAUAUUAACAUUUGAAGCAAACUUUAUGAUGAGAUCAAGUUUUAUAUUUUUACCAUUAAGUGGUCGAGUGUUUUAUAAUAAAGAAACAAAAGAACAUUAUGAUAUUGACUUUUUUGAUCCAAACAAUUGGGUUGAAUAUAAUUUAAAUCCAUUAGUUUCAAGUAAACGAAAACAACUUGAAGAAAGCAAGUCUUUUUCAAAUUCAUUAAAUUCGGUAUCUACCUUCUCCCUGUUAAGCACCAAGUUUAACAAGAUAUAUCGUUCUGCACCAAUAAUUAGGUCCAGAUCAACAUCUCCAAUGACAAGAGAAUUUAAUUUGGAUGAAGAAGAAGGUAAAUUUUCAUAUUCAUUUGCUGAUUCUUUUAGAUAUUUAUCCGAAACUUUAAAAUCAACAAAAGAAUAUGUAUUAUCUUUAGAAUAUGAUACAAAUUUGGAAUCUGAAUAUCCACCUAUGGCUAUUGUCUAUGGUAAUAAAAUUCCAUCCGUUAGAGGCUCUGUGGUUAGAAGUAGACAAGACAUUAAAGAUGGUAAUUAUUAUGAAUUCUUUUAUGGUCAUGGUGAUGGUGUAAUUCAUCAAAAAUGGUUGAUGCCAGAAAGAAAAGGAUUUAAUCAUUUUAAUGCAAUUGACGGAACUGGUCAAAUAGUUGGUAAAUUUGCUAGUGAAUCUGCUCAUGUAACUCUUAUGACAGAUUUUGAUACAAUGGGUAAAGCUUUAGAUGCUGUAUUUGAAGCUGAAAAAAAUUGGAAAACUGUCAAGAGUAAAUUUAGAAAUUAA